CACUCGUUCGUUACAGUUCCAAUUACAAUGGCUGGCCCUGGCGGUGGUCCUCCUCGUCGCAGUCACACCAAGUCUCGCAAAGGCUGUGAUACGUGCAAGCGUCGUCACAUCCGCUGCGAUGAGAGCUUCCCUCAAUGCCGCAACUGCACCAAGCACAAGAUCCGCUGCCCGUACAACGACGUGCAGGUUCCUGACGCAGGUCGCUCCGCCACGCCGGACAAGCCCGAUCUCAUGUGGACGCCCCAGAUCGAGGCUGCUAUCGGCGAGUGGCAGAGGACCGGCAUGUUCCCCUUCCCGUCGCUGCGCAUCUACCCAGCUCCCUCGCCGCACCAGUACUCCCUCGAGGACCUUCGGUUGAUCUACCACGUCGCCUCCCUGCACUAUCAGCUGAUGACCCAGGAGGCCAACAACUUCACCUUGUGGACGCGCUACAUCCCGACCCUGCUCAAGAUCGGCGCGGAGUAUCCCUUUGUGAUGCACGCCCUGCUGGCCUUCUCUGCUAUGCACAUUGCCUUCUUGACCGAUUGCCCUCUGGUCGGCUCCAUGGCCUUUGAGCACCGGGGCAGGGCCUUCAACGGCUUGCACGAAGCCUUGAACUCCUUCUCUCGCGCUACGUCCGACGCCAUCCUUGCGGCAUCUCUUGUGCUGUCGUGGCAGGCGACCAGCUGGCGCGACUGGACCAAACUCAUGCAGGGAACUACGACGGUGAUCGAAGCAAUGGAUGCAUGGAAGCAUGAGUCUGAGUUCACGGACUUCAUCGCUGAGAGCAGCACGUUCCCGACGGCUCCUCCCUCCCCGGACCCUGAACGCCGGGCCUAUCACCCCCAGAAGGACGACCUUGAGGCGUACCAGCGCACCCUGGACCAGGUCAUGAAGGUGGAGGCUCACCUGAAGCACUUCAAGGAGGAGGCAUGCCUCAUGCAGAUCCAGCACUUGAUCGGCUUCCUCAAGGGCGUCCGCAAGAUCAGCCCGACGCUUCCCAUUGCCCAGCAGUUUGAGCGUCUCCAGCUCCUGAGGACCUGGCUCUUCUGGGUGCCGGUUAGCUUCAUCCAGAACUACCAGUGCUCCCCGGCCUCCCUGGUUGCCAUUGCCCACCUCUACACGGCGGCGCUGCUCAUGGAGCGGCUCUUCCCCGAGAUUGGCGCGGCCUACUUUGGCAGCUUGUCCAUGGCCCCUAUUGAGGAGAUUGCCCGGCGGCUCAUGUCCAUGAACCUGGCGAGCAGCGUCAAGGGCUCGUACCAGACGCCGCUCACGCUCAUGGAAUACCCCCUCGACACCGUCAGGGAGUUCCGGUCGCGCAUGGGCUGGAUGAGCCCGCAGAGGACGCCUUCGUUCCCUACGUUCCAUCCUCCCAACUUCCCCAUUAUGCGCGAGGAGGUGCCAAUGGUCCCUGCGUCGGAGUCUUACACGCCUUACGGGAACCCUGCCUUCAGCUACAGCGCCGAGAGCAUGCCAAUGCUCAACAGCCCUACCCCGGCAGGCCCUCACGAGUCGCUCAGCCCGCUGGCCAUUUCGUCUCCGUAUCUGAGCCAGCCCUACCUGAACGUGCCGUCUCCGUCGUAUGGAAUCUCCUACAGCCCGGCGUCAUCGACCUUUGAGGCGUCCCUCGCGUACAGCGAUCCGGAGGAGUACGGUGGGUAUGACAUGCGAGGCUUCCAGUCCAGCCACUCGCCCAUAUUCGAGGAUGCGCAAGGCAGCGGCUACCCCGUCGGGUUCGUUCUUCCCCAGCAGUCCGUGUGGAUCUAGAUCCCUCUAGAUGGACCCCUAACACACUCGACUCUCCAACCCCGGCUCGAGGAAGCACAAUCGGAUUGACCGUUG